AUGAUCAAUCAUCAAGAAAACGAUUCGCCUCCUGAUACUUUAUCAGGGUCUCAUCAAGUAUCAAAUAUAUUGGAUACUACUACUACAACAACAACAACAACAGCAAACAAUGAAACCAACAACAAUAACAAUAUACUUGACGAAAAUAAUUGUAAAACUAAUAAUAAUAAUAAUAAUAUAAAUGAGACCGACUCUGACAAUACCAAUAUUACCAAUUCCAAUACAAAUACAAAUAAUAAUAAUGAUAAUACUAUACCACAUCAUGAAAUAACGAUAAAUAAUGAAACCGCCGAAGAUAACAACAAUACAAAUAAUAAUAAUAAUAACAAUAAUAAUAAUCAAGAUGAUUAUUCAGAUUCAUCAGAUUCAUCAGAGGAUUCACUACAUUACGAAAGAGAAUGUAAUAGUUUUAUAUAUAUAUCACCAAGUAGAGCAAAAUUGGAGAAUGGUUCUUCACCAAAUCAACCAGUUUUUAUUACGACCCCAAAUUCAUCAACUCCAUCUCUGUCUUCGUCAUUUUCAUUUAUGAGUGGCGCCGGUGGAAUGAAAAGUACAAAUCGUAACAAUGACCACUCUGAAAACAGCAAAAAUUAUGAUGUAGAUUUUGGUGUCCUAGAGUAUGGACAUGAAGGAGAACUACCAUCGAUCAAAGAAUAUUCAAAAGCUAUGGUCUCAAUAGCACUACCAGUAUCUAUAUCCAUGGCCAUUGUUAUAUCGGCUGUUAGAUUAUCAGAAGAAGCUAGAAAUUUCAAGAGUGUCUCUCCGCUGAUCCAAUACGACGUUAGAGAAGAUCCAGCAACUCAAACUCUAGUUUGGGGAACCAUCAUCAAUUCUCUUAUCCUAGUUGGAAUCAUCUUUCUUAGUUCAGUUAUCAUGUUUGCAUUGUAUUAUUUUAAAUUUAUGAAGGCAUUAUACGGUUGGUUAAUGGCAACAUCUAUUUUAUUAUUAGGUGUUUUUGGAGGCUUUUUAUUCAUUUUAUUAAUGACCUACGCAAAUGUUGGUUUAGAUUAUUUUACAUUUUCAUUUAUUGUUUGGAAUUUUAGUGCAGGUGGAAUGGUUUGUUUAUUUUGGUUUUGUCCUCAAUAUUUGACUCGUGCCUAUCUAGUAUCUAUUAGUUCUUUGAUGGCCAUUUUUAUUUCAAGAAUGCCAGAAUGGUCAACUUGGUCCAUUCUUACCAUUGUCUCCUUGUAUGAUAUUUUUACAGUUUUAUCCCCAGGCGGACCAUUAAAAAAACUGAUAGACUUGGCAAAAGAAAGAGGUGAUGAAAUACCUGCAUUGGUUUACAAUGGAAGUGUUUCAAUUGGAAUGGCCUCAUCCAAAAACAAUACUACUCCUACUACUAAAACCACAACCAAUGAUGAUACUAUGAGUGAUACUAGUAGUAAUAGUAGUAGUAGUAGUAGUAGUAGUAGUAGUAGUAGUAGUAGUAAUAUUCAAAAAUCAACUUCAAGUUCAAGUAUUUCAACUGGAUUAUCAACAGAACCCUCAGAUACACCAAUGGAAGUUAAUUAUAGUACAAAAAUACAAUUGGGUUUGGGAGACUUGGUCUUUUACUCUGUUUUACUUGGAAGAGCAGCCUUGUAUGAUCUUGGAACCAUAUUUGCAUGCUUUGUUGCCAUCCUGACAGGUCUAUUUAUUACCCUUAUUCUAUUGAUCGUUUACAAAAAGGCAAUCCCUGCCCUACCCAUAUCCAUUUUCAUUGGUAUCCUCUUCUUUUUUUCCACGAGCAAAUUAAUUUGCCCAUUCUUGGUUUUUCUUGGAGAAAAUCAAGUAUUUAUAUAA